AUGUUCAAUCUAUUAAAUCAGUGUGUUAUUGGGUUUAUAUUAAUUGUUUUAUGCAUCCAAUUGUGUUCAUCUUCUAUUAGGUAUCCAGUAAUUUUAAUACCUGGAGAUGGCGGUAGUCAAAUUAAUGCAAAACUUAACAAAACAACUUAUGUGCAUUAUGUUUGCAGAACGAAAACAAGCGAUUAUUUUAACUUGUGGCUUAACUUGGAGUUAUUAGUACCUGUUGUUAUAGAUUGUUGGGUUGACAACAUUAAAUUAAGAUAUGACAACAAUACAAGGACUACAUAUAACACUGAAGGAGUUGAAACUGAAAUACCCGGUUUUGGAAAUUCCAGUGUGGUCGAAUGGAUUGAUCCUAGCAAAGCCAGUCCUGGUGCCUAUUAUAAGGAUAUUGCUCAAGCUCUAGUUUCUAAAGGAUAUGUUAGAGAUUUGAAUAUUAGAGGAGCUCCCUAUGAUUUUAGAAAAGGACCAAAUGAAAAUCAAGAUUACUUUACAAAGCUUAUCCAGUUGGUUGAAGAAACAUAUGCCAUGAAUGGUAAUAAGUCAGUUGUACUCAUUGCCCACAGCAUGGGAGGGCCCAUGGCAUAUUCUAUGCUUCAAAAAGUUAACCAAAAAUGGAAAGAUAAAUAUAUAAAAGCUCUCGUAGGAUUGAGUGGUGCUUGGGGUGGUGCAGUCAAAGCACUAAAAGUUUAUACAGUUGGUGACAAUUUGGGAACAUAUGUUUUAAAGGAAAGCAUAGUAAAAGAAAUGCAAAUUUCUUCUCCUAGUUUGGCUUGGUUAAUGCCUUCGAAAUUAUUUUGGAAAGAAAAUGAAAUUCUCAUUCAAACUUUUCAGAAAAAUUACACUGUUAAUAACUAUGAAGAUUUCUUCAAGGACAUUAAUUUCGAAGUUGGUUGGGAAAUGUUUAAAGAUGUCUCCCCAUUUAGAGAUCAUUUCGAGCCACCAGGUGUCGAAGUUCAUUGCCUUCACGGUUAUGGCGUUGACACGACCGAAAAAUUAGUUUAUACCAAACCUAAUGACUUUCCCUCAAAUUAUCCGAGUCUGAUAAAAGGAGAUGGUGAUGGUACAGUUAAUCGUAGAAGUUUAGAAGCUUGCAUACAUUGGCAAACGAUGCAAAGUCAAAAAGUGUUUCAUGUUGCUUUCCCCAAAUUAAACCACAUGAAUAUUCUUAGAGAUGAUAACGUUUUAAAUUACUUAUUUACAGUUCUUAAAAUAGUUUAA